UAUCCUAUUAUAUAUAAACAUAUGUCCAUUUAAAUUUAUUGGAAAGUGAAUUAAACUCGCUAUUCUUUAACAUUUUUAAUGGAGAUACAAAUUUUUAAAUAUCUCGAUGAGACAAUACAUGGAACAGAAAUACAAGAAAGAUCCGAUUCACAUCACUUUCGUAAUAAAUGAUUCCUACCAUGUCGGCUAUUGAUCGAUACGUUUAUAUUUAAAAUUAACAUAUUUACGUUAUUUUAUGAAGUACACACAAGCAUUUCAAUCCCGAGAUCGUAAAAUAAAUACGAAUCGGACUCGAAUCGAUGGCUCGGUCUAAAUCUAAAUAACAGAGAGAAAGAGAGAGAGAGAGAGAAAGAGAGAGAGAAGAAGAGAGAGUCAGAAUUCGAAUUAGAAUCGGCGCGAAUCGAUCCGGCGGAAGAUAAAUCACCGCCAGUCAUUUAUAGUUUUAUUGGGCCAAUUUUUCUGUUGUCUCGUUGCUUCGUCCGACAGAACGAAUAUAAAUCCAAUUCGUUGUCACGAGUCGUUACGUUGCCCGCUUCUCACUCGGGAGAGGGAUAGAAAUUCGAUUUCACGUAUCGAUCGUAUCGAUCGUUAACGCCGAUUAAACACACCGCGUCGCUUCCUCGUCUGACGUCUGUGUUUCUUAUCUUUCUUUCUUUCUUCUUUUUUUCCUUUUCUUUUUUUUUUUGCGCAGACGACAUAGUCCACGAUAGGAAUUGAUGAUCCGCUCUGGCCCGACAACCCGUCAGAAUUGAUCGAUCGAAGGGCCGAUUACCGGAAACAGACGACCAAAAAUGUGACGCUCGGCGUGCGCUCGACGGGCCGGGGCUCGAACAGAGAAGACUGGACGACUAUUGGGAGCGUGACGUUGGAUUGACGAAAUAAAACCGAAGGAAAAUUGCAAAGAUAAGUGAAAAAUUGUUUCCCGGGAACAAGUGGAAACGAAUGGCGCUAAAUGAGGGAAUACACCGGAAUGAAAGAGAUCCGAUUACGUCGUGUGGGAUUAUCCGUUGGAGAACAAAUUCGCGGCCAUGUAUUCGCUCGAUGAUGGAUGUAUGGAUUUCUUCCGAACAGGGAACAAGCGGCGAAGAUGGUCCGGAAAGCGAAUCUCACUUACGAGUUCGCUUUCAUAAAAUAUCUGAUUUCGAGCAAAGUUUGGAGCAAGAGUUUCAGUCAAGAAAUCGUUCGAUUUUUCAGUCCAACAAGCGAUUCCUCCAUUGAAGAGGAAUUCAAAAUUACAUCGUUCCAAUGUAAUUUUACUGCGAUCGAAUGAUCGAUGAUCUGGUAAUCGUAAAAUUUUUUUUAUUUCUACGAGUUGUAAGAGUAGAAAUAUAUGUAGAGGGGAAGCUUGGCGUGGAACUUGAAUCUCAUCAGAAUGCUGGAACGAAAGUGGAGAGAAAAUUUAAGGGAUGAUUCUAGAGAUUAAAAUAAAUAGCAAAAUGUAGCGUUGAAAGGUUUAUUUUUCAGGUUAUAAGCAAUUUAAUUUUUCAUCAGUUGAAGGGAAAUGGAGAGAAAGCGUGGCAAGAGAUAAUGCCACUUCACUCUCACCACUGACUUAUUUCAUCUAGAUGUUUUUUAAAUUGCUUAUAACUUGCAAAAGAUAAACUUUAAACGGAUAUUUUCUUCUUCUUUUUAUAGAACUUUUCUUUGAUCUUUAGAAUCAUCUUUUAAAUUUUUUCUAUUCGAAUAUCUUAUGUUACUGUUAUACAAGAUAAUAAAUAAUCAAAUUUAAAAUAGUAUUAAGAAUGAAAAUAUAAUAUAAAUAUUUCUCCUUUUUGUAGACGCAAAUCUAAAGAACUUGAACUUGUUUAAUUGCUAAAAAUAUAGUUUCCUUUUACAACAAUAUAUGGAACUUCCAAUCGCUUUGUCUUCCCAUAUAAUGAAAAUGUUUAUUAUUCAAAAUUUGUACAUAUAAAAAGGAAGAAUAUUAGAAAUUAUCACAUAAAUAAAUCUGGAAAAAAUUGAUCCAAUUUUGUUAAUUCUAGUCGAACGAAAAACUUGCAACACCUCGUCUUUUGAAGAAUAAAUUCAUCAUUAUAAAAGAUAUCUACUUAAUCUUUCUUUCAAUUUUUAUUUAAAUCUCUCUUGCACUCGAAAACUUGGAAAUCUCCAACGUAAUUCCAAGAUUCUUAAUUCUUCCCUCGAGAUUCAAGUUACCAAGAUUCGAAUUAUAAUCGAAUAAUCUUAAAAUAAUAAUUGGAAUGAUUGUCAUUAAUUUGCCCGAUUAAUGUUUAAUCAAAGGAUUACUCGGCUGCGAAUUGAAGGGAGAUUAAGAAAGAAGAAAAUCCUUUGAAAGCAAAUUGCCUCUCCCCUCGACAAAGAUUUUAACAUUGGGUUUUCGUUGGUAUAUUUCUCGCUGAAUUGAUACUUGUUCUUCGACAUUGCUGAUACUUUUAUCGAUUGAAUCGAAAAAUAAAAAAAAGUACUUUUCGUGGGAUUGAGUUUUCGCAAAAUUAAAUAAUAAUAUGAAUAAAACAUUUAAGUGAAGAAGAAAAAAGAAAGAUAUUCCUGUUUCGAUAACGAGAUGUAUUUUCAGGCUUUUCAUUUUUCGCAUACAUAUGCGAAUAUAAACAAGUAUUUUUACAAAACAAUGUAAAUACACAAGGAAAAUACAAAGGGAAGAUGUAAAUGUUAAUUAAAACAAAAUCGUUGUUUCUUUUUUCCUUUUACUUCCAAUUCGCUCAUCAUCGAUUUCACGUUGCAACAUAGAAAUAAGGAAUAUAAAUUCCACGAUUCUCCAUUAACUAAUAUCCUUAUUAUUUCUUCUUACCGAUCUUGAAAUAUUAAUCGAAUAAAACUUGAUAUUGAAAACAGAUCGAUAACGUGUACUAAAAAAAGCUAAAAAAAAUAUUCGAAAGUCAAAAAUUGUUCGUAGAAAUGAUUCAGGGAAAAAUCGUUUUUAGAAAGGUGUCCAUUCCGCAUCCGUGGUCACGAUUCCAAGUCACGAGGAUAUCGAUAUCGCAUUAAAAUACAACUUACAACGGUCACGUGCACACGUGACAAAAGAAAGUUAACGAUCGACCGGUCAAUUAUGAGAUAACACGAGUUUGUGACACGCGACGCGCGACAUGCAAAUUCUUCCCGAUGGCUCGCCAUCGUUGUACGCGCCAAUUACUUUCGAGAGGAGUGAGCAGAGUGAUCAGAGAAUUUUGACGGGGGAGGGGAAAAAGAGAAAAAAAGUAACGAAAUGGGGGGAGGAAAAAAAAAGAGAGAAAGAAAGAAAGAAGAGACAAACUUGCGUUGAUACGAGGAAUUGAUUAGGUCAUCCCCGCGGCAACGAAUGGGCAAACACAAAUGAAACAGAGAGAAAGCUGGCUUUCGGUUUCGAGACCGCCCUCAGUCGCUUGACUAAUUUCCGCACGCGAUAUCCUGACCUCGAGACGCGUCGAGUGUACGAUCGAAACCAGCUGGAGCACCGACUAAUUACUUGUCGUCGGAAGAUUAGCCGCAAUUUUCGACGUUUCUCCCUUUCUCCUCCUUCAUCGAUUAAGAAAAAUCGUUUUCUUCGGAAGGAGAAUGUUGACGGAGAAGUUGAAGUGAGGAGGGGGAAAGAAGAAAGAAUUAUGUUAUAGAAUCGAAGUGAAAAAUCGAAGUUCGUUCGAAAUGAGAUUUGUGGAAUUUACAAUUGCUACCUGUUGGUUGCUCGGAUUAUGCGGGAGAUUUGUAAUAAUUUAUGGGCAAAGGAGCGUCGCGAGCAAUCGUGAAUCGGGGAAAACUAGAUCCGUUAAUAUAUUCAUCAUUAACGACGAGGCGAACAAAGUGGCCAACCAGAGCAUAACAACCGCCUUGGAAACAAUCAAAGAAAAUUACCCUAAUCACCUGGGCAACGUGUGGAGCGUGCAGGUGAACGAAUCUGACAUAAACAACACCCUCGAUCGCGUCUGCAAUAAUUGGGAUUCAGCGGUGGAGAAAGGAGGGGCCGAGGUCCCGGAUCUAGUGAUAGACACAACGACAGCUGGGUUGGCGGCCAAGAUAUCUAACUCGUUCACAGCUGCCUUAGGAAUUCCCACGUUGUCGGCGCAAUACGGCCAAGUAGGGGAUCUUCAAUACUGGAGGAAACUGAGCUUGGAUCAACAAGAUUACCUGAUUCAAGUGAUGCCUCCGACAGACUUGAUACCUGAGGUAAUCAGGCAAUUAUCCAUCCAGCUGAACAUCACCAACGCGGCCAUUCUUUACGACUACAAUUUCGUGAUGGAUCAUAAAUAUAAAAGUCUCUUGUUAAACGUGCCCACCCGCCACGUGAUCAACGAAACGUCCCAGCAGAUAAUAGAGAUGAAAAGGCAAUUGCUCCGGCUACGGGACUUGGAUAUCGUGAAUUAUUUCAUCCUUGGGAACGAGAAUACGAUCAGCAUAGCUCUCGAGGCUGCGGACGCGUUGAAUUUCACCGACAAGAAGUACGGCUGGUUCCUGUUAACCCCCGAUAUUAACAUUUGGCCGAGAUGCGAGUGCAGAGAUAUAAGCGUCCUCUUCAUGAAACCAGAGUUCGACAGGAGGAACAACUCGGACUCGGUGGAAUUUUCAUUGCCGAAACCGAUCCUGUUAUCUGCCUUCUAUUACGAUAUGAUUCGAUUGGCCGUCCUGGCCAUGAAAUCGGCCCUGGACGAUGGGGAAUGGCCUAUGGAGCCGAGGCACAUCACGUGCGACGAGUACAACAACACCAACACGCCGGAGAGGAAGUUGAAUUUUUUCGGCAAGUUAAAAGACGCUUACAAAAACAUGACGCCAACGUACGCCGGUAUUAAAUGGGGAUCGAGGAACGGGGAGCAUCAAGCCAAAUUCGUGAUGUCUGUCCACUUGGUGACCAUAAAGGAUGGGGUUGUUUCGAACACCGUCGACAGUGGAUCUUGGAACGCAAGCAUUUCUUCACCGUUACAGUUAACGAACAACGACGUAAUGAACACCACAGCGGUGAAAAGCUAUCGAGUGGUCACUGUUAUUCAUCCGCCAUUUGUAAUGUACAACGAGGAGAAGAACGAGUAUUAUGGUUUCUGCAUCGAUCUCCUCAACGAGAUUAAGAAAACGGUAGGCUUUCAGUACGAAAUACGAGAAACAGAUGAUAAGAAAUAUGGGAGUCUAAAUUUAGACGGAAGUUGGGACGGAAUGAUGAGGGAAUUGAUCGAGAAACGGGCCGACAUCGCGCUGGGUUCCCUCUGGGUCACAGCGGAGAGAGAGAGGGUGGUGGAUUUCACAGUGCCUUACUACGACCUCGUAGGCCUCUCCAUCAUGAUGCUGAAAACGAAGACCACCACGUCUUUAUUUAAAUUCCUCACGGUGUUGGAGAACGAGGUCUGGUUCUGCAUCUUGGCCGCCUAUCUCUUCACCAGCGUCUUGUUGUGGAUCUUCGAUCGUUGGUCGCCGUACAGUUAUCAGAAUAAUCGGGAGAAAUACAAGAAUGACGAUGAAAAGAGGGAGUUCAACUUGAGGGAGUGUUUCUGGUUCUGCAUGACCUCUUUGACUCCUCAAGGCGGCGGAGAAGCUCCGAAAAAUCUUUCCGGCCGACUUGUCGCGGCCACUUGGUGGUUGUUCGGUUUCAUAAUCAUCGCCUCUUACACGGCAAAUUUGGCGGCGUUUUUGACGGUGUCCAGAUUGGAAAUUCCGAUCGAAACGUUAGAGGAUCUUAGCAAACAGUAUAAGAUUCAGUAUGCGCCGGUGAUAAAUUCCUCGGCUUACAUUUAUUUCAAGAGAAUGGCUAAUAUAGAGUGGAAAUUCUACGAAAUUUGGAAGGAGAUGAGCCUUAACGACAGUUUGUCAGACGUGGAGAGGGCCAAUUUGGCGGUGUGGGAUUACCCUGUCAGUGACAAGUACACAAAAAUGUUGCAAGCCAUGGAGGAGGCAGGAUUUCCGGCCUCGACGGAAGAAGCGCUUCGACGAGUUCGACGUCUCGAUUCCAAUAAUGAAUUUGCUUAUAUAGAAGAUUCAACAACUAUUAAGUAUCUUACCAUGACGAAUUGCGAUCUGAUUCAAGUAGGAGAAGAUUUUUCGAGGAAGCCUUACGCGAUUGCUGUUCAACGAGGAUCGCCUUUGAAAGAUCAGUUUAAUAACGCAAUUUUGAUACUGUUAAACAAGAGGAAAUUAGAAAAACUGAAGGAUAAAUGGUGGAAGAAGAAUCCGAACAAAAAAGAUUGCGACGCAGAGAACAGUCAAAGUGACGGUAUAAGUAUUCAUAAUAUCGGAGGGGUGUUUGUAGUCAUAUUUCUAGGUAUCAUCUUUGCUUGUUUCACUUUGGCAUUCGAGUACUGGUAUUAUAGACACCGUACGAAGAUCACGAAAAUCGAUCGAAACAACGCGAUGAAAAAUAAAAUCACGCAAGUGAAACCGCUCAGAUUUAAUUUACAGCCGGCGCCUACGCAUGCUUUCCAAAGUGUCCACUUCCGACCAAGAUUUUGAAUGUGUUCGUGACAGACAAAGAAAAAAGUAAAUACAAUAUUGACAAAUAAAUUAUUCUAUAUCUAUAUUGUAGAUAUAUCGUACUUCGAUUUUAAUAUUUUAUUGCUGUUCAAUGUUCGAUAAAAAAAAAAAAAUAUAUAUAUAUAUAUACAUAAAAACCGAGGAAAAAAAAAUAUUUUAAGAAACGAAUAUAUCUUUUUUAUUAAAAAUAUAAUCUGUAUAUCUGGAAUAAAUAAUAUACAACCAUAGCGUUUGCAAUGCCUUUAUUUGGUUACUCCCUUUGUGUACAUUUAUUUCGCGCAGAGAAUUCAUCUUCGAAUGUUCUUUCCUAUUUUUUUUCCUUAUAUUUCCAUUUUUUCCACAUCGCAAUUCAUGUACCUCGCUUGUCAUUUCACUACUAUCUUCUUCGCCACGUCUUAACAUUAUCAUCACGUUUUUUUUUUCUUUUUUUUUUUUAACAACAUUUUACUCGCUCAUUCUCUUUAAAAGGCAUUUAUUUAUUUAUUUUUUUUUUCUAAAUGAUGUUCCUUUCAUUAUUUUCGUCCGCUUAACUUCGCCAAGGUGGGCGUAGUAUUUUUUCGUGUUAUACGUUUCUUUUUUUUUUUUUUUUUUUUUUUUUUUUUAUAUACAUAUAUAUUUUUUGUUUUUUUUUUUCCUCACAUGUACGUCUUCAAUAAUAUUUUCUCUGAGGGAGCAUUGGAAAAGCAUUGGAUACUCUGGGUUUCUUUAAAACAUGGGAUCUGAUGGAUGAUGGAAUUGGGACAGGGUAUUAAUCAUCUAGGAUGUUAAAUUAUAAUUAGGUGGAUAUAAUUAAGAUAAUCCAUUAAUAAUUACGAAAAAAAAAAAACAACAAGAAAAUAGAAUAGUACUUCGAUGGUUCUC